CUGGUUUGGUCGGUUUCUUGCUCGUACUCUCGUUCUGUAACAGAAGCUCCCCCACAUUUUUUUGUCGGUUAAUUUAAUUCCCUGGAUCCGUAUUUAUAUUCUUCCAGUACCGUUUCAGUCGAAUCGGAGACGGGAGUGGAUGCCGGAUUCGGUCCGGAGGUAGGGGGAAUGAUCCGGGACACGGGUACACUGUUUUAAAUAAUUGUAUUUAUGUUCAAUACUAUUGAGAGAGCUCGAUUGUGAGUGACUCGCUGGGAGAGAGGGAUAUCAUGGCCGCGCAGGUCGCUAGCGUCGCCACUCUCAAUACUAGCCCGCCAUCCGAACUUAAAAAGCCGGAUAGGGACCCACAGGAAGAGUCGGUACCGGGAGACAAACAAAAUGAAAAUAAGGAACCGGGGUCUGACAACGGAUCUCCGGGCCAGAAGGAUCUGCAGGACGGGGCCGAGGUUGGAAAUGUAGGGGGAGGAGGGGAACCUGACAUGAAGAACGGGAACGGGAAUUCGUCCAGGGUGAAUAAUAAUAACAACCAGAAUGAUACCGGGGGACCGGAGGGGCAUAACCAUCCCGGGAUUGGCCAUCACCACCCGGGCCCCUUCCCUCCACCUCCUUACGGUUACAACCAGCACUACAGCCGGGGCCCUUUUCAUCAACAUGGCGGACAACAAAGCCCUGGCAUGGCAGCGGGACCGGCAGUGCAGCCAGGCAACAUGAUGGACCCAUACCCGCCCAACUCACACGACCAUGGCUUCUCUAACCAUUUUAACAAUUACAGCCCUUUCCCCAACCGGACUUCUUAUCAGGGCCAAGGAUACGCUAUGAAUUCCCCGCGUAAUAACCAGCCCCCGGCGGCUGGGGGGCAGCCAGGCAAGCAACAGCCAGCAGGCGGAACUACAGCUAUGGCUGCCUCGUACAAUAAUCCGAGGUAUAACAUGGGAAACCCGCAGCCCACAUCUACCCCUACUUUAAAUCAACUUCUAACGUCUCCCAGCUCCACGAGGAACUACCAGAACUACCCCCAAGGAGACUAUAGUAACCAGGAAGGGGCAAGUAAGGGAGCAGUAGAUGUGGCCGGCAGUCAGUAUGGUGGGGGCCAUCCGGGUUGGCAACAAAGGACCCACCAUCCGCCUCCUAUGAGCCCGGGAAACACGGGACAACCUCUGAACAGAAACCAGCCUCCCAUGGACCAGGUAGGGAAGAUGCGAGGACAGGGCUAUGGUGGGGCCAACCCCUACACCCAACCGCAGCCGGGCCAGGGCGCCCCUCCAGGGGCCCAACAGGGGGCCUCGUACCCAGGCCAGGGCUACGGUCCCCCUGGGCCUCAGAGGUACCCAAUGGGCAUGCAGGGACGCUCCCCCGCUGGCAUGGCCGCCAUGCAGUACGGACAACAGAUGGCCGGCUAUGGUCAGCAGGGUCCAGGGGGCUACGGGCAACAGAGCCAGGGCUACUACAGCCAGCAGCAGUCCCCCUACCCCCAGCAGUCCCAGACCACCCCCGGAGCCCAGGCCCCCUACCCACAACAGGCCCACACUUCCCAGGGCCAGCCUGGGGCCCCUGUCCCCUACCCCCAGGGCCAAGGGCCUCCGCAGGGUGGUCCCCCCCAGGCUCAACCCUACAACCAGGGCUCACAGUCCCAGCCAGGCCACCCGCCCUACAACCAGGCCCCAGCCCCGCCGCAGCAGCCAGGCCCCCAGCAAGGCCAGCCAGGGCCCCAGGGUCCGGGCCCCCAGCCCGGCUACACUCAGCCAACGGGACCUCCAGGCCCAGGGCAGGGUCCACAGCCUCCGCAACAGCAGCCCCCUUCACAGCAGCAAGGACCCCCCCAACAACAGCAGCAGCAGCAAGAGAGGGUAGCCCCUCCCCAGGCCCAGGCGCCCCCAGGCCACCAGCCUCCUCCGGGCCACCAACAACCCCCGGGUCACCAGCCCCCUCCAGGCCACCAGCCGCCCCCCAGCCAUGGAGGUCAACAGCCACCCCCAGGCCAUCAUCCCUCCCCAGGCCACGGUGGUCCUCCACAGCAGCAGAUUCAGUCUCAACAGGGCCAGCCCUCGCCCUACUCCCAGACCCCGCCCCUGCAGCAGCAGUCACCCUUCCAGCGCUUUCCGCCGCCGCCGCAGGAGCUGUCCCAGGACUCGUUCAGCUCCCAGUCCAGCGCGCCCCCUUCCAACCAGCCCAUGACAUCAAACAAGAGUGGGACGGAGGACAGCCUGCAGGGACGGCCGUCUAGCUUACCGGACCUGUCGGGCUCCAUCGAUGACCUCCCCACGGGUACGGAAGGGGCUCUGAGUCCCGGGGUCAGCACGUCAGGGGUGUCCAGUAGUCAGGGGGAGCAGAGUAACCCCGCCCAGUCGCCGUUCUCCCCCCACACCUCCCCCCACCUGCCUGGUAUUCGCGGGCCCUCGCCCUCCCCCGUGGGUUCCCCGGCGAGUGUGACCCCCUCCCGGUCCGGACCCCUCUCACCCACUGCCGUGCCAGGUAACCAGAUGCCUCCCCGGCCACCCAGCGUCCAAUCGGAUGGCAUCCUCCACUCUUCCAUGAACCCUUCAGCCCUGGGCCAGGACAGGGUGUACAUGCGGAACCCCCAGAUGCCUCCGUAUGGGUCACCACAGCAGCCUGGCUCCGCCUUAUCUCCUCGCCAGUCACCGGGAGGCCAGAUGCAUCCUGGGAUGGGGCCCUACACUCAGAACAACUCCAUGGGGAGCUAUGGCCCUCAGGGUGGCCAGUAUGGACCGCAAGGUUACCCCAGACAGCCGGGCUACAGUGGCAUGCCAAACGCCAACUACCCUGGUGGUCCGGGGGGAAUGAACCCUGGUAUGAAUCCCAUGCCCGGCCAGGCUGGUGGGGCUCCGUAUGCAGGCAUGCCCCCUGGCAGGAUGGGUCCAGGUCAGAUGGGUGCACGCCCCUACGGCCCUGGUCCUGGGAUGGGCCCAAACAUGGGCCCUGGUUUGCCCCCACAGGUGGCCUCUGGGAUGUGCCCUCCUCCGGGCAUGAACAGAAAGGGUCCCGGCGGGCCCCAGGACGCUGCCUCGGCGAUGCUCCACGGUGGCCCCGGGGCCAACUCUAUACACAACAGGCCUCCAGGUUACCCUCCCAACAUGUCCCAGGGAAUGAUGGGAGCCGGGUCUCCUUACGGCCCGGGGCCAGGGGCAAUGAACAGCAUGCAGGGCAUGAUGAACCAGGCGGGACCCUAUGGAGGAGGGCCUAUGGGAGGGAACAUGGCCAACAACACACCCGGCAUGGUUCCUAGCCCAGAGUUUGGCAUCGACGUCAAACUCAACCCAGCCCAGAAGAUGAACAACAAGGUGGACGGCACGCCCAAACCUGAAUCCAAGAAGGUAAAGAAGAAGUCCAACUCUUCAACGACAACCAAUGAGAAGAUAACCCGUCUGUACGAGUUGGGCCCGGAGCCAGAGAGGAAGAUGUGGGUCGACCGGUACCUUGCGUUCGCCGAGGAGAAGGCCAUGGGCAUGACCAACCUGCCCGCGGUGGGACGCAAACCGCUCGACCUCUUCAGGCUCUAUGUCUCGGUCAAAGAGAUCGGAGGCCUCACCCAGGUGAACAAGAAUAAGAAGUGGAGGGAGUUAGCCACCAACCUCAACGUGGGCACGUCCAGCAGCGCCGCCAGUUCUCUGAAGAAACAGUACAUCCAGUGUCUGUACGCCUUCGAGUGCAAGAUUGAACGAGGCGAGGACCCGCCCCCGGACCUCUUCACCGACGCCAAAAAGACCACCCAGCCCAAGAUCCAGCCCCCCAGUCCAGCGGGGUCAGGAUCUCUGCAGGGCCCCCAGACCCCCCAGUCCACCAGUAGUUCCAUGGCCGAAGGGGGAGACCUAAAGCCCCCCACCCCAGCCUCCACACCUCACAGCCAGAUGCCCCCCAUGCCAGGAGCUCGGACUAGUGUGAACCUGCAGGAUCCAUUUGCUGAUGGAGGUGACCCGGCAUUCGGCAGACGGAACGCUAUGACCCCCAACAGUUACCAGCCUGGGAUGGGUGGUCCAGAGAUGAUGGGUCGCAUGGGACCGUAUGAACCCAACAAGGACCCGUUUGGUGGCAUGAGGAAAGCUGGAGAGCAGUUCAUGACUCCAGGGCCGGGCCCCAACAGUGGGAUGGAGGGGCAGUUCAACCGAGGCCCCCCAGGGCCCAUGGGGCCCAACAUGCAGAUGGGCCAGAGACAGCAGUAUCCGUAUGGACCGGGAUAUGACCGAAGGCCUGAGCCGGGGAUGGGUCCUGAUGGCAGUAUGGUCCCUGGAGCUCCUCAACCCAACUUGAUGCCUUCAGGGGCCGAUUCGGGGAUGUACUCCCCCAGCCGACCCCCACCGCAGCAACGGCAUGAUUCCUAUAGUAAUCAGUACCCUGGCCAAGGAGCGCCCCCUGGUGGCCCUUACCCGAAUCAGCAGCCAGGAAUGUAUCCACAACAACAACCCAACUACAAACGUCCUCCAGUGGAUGGUGGCUAUGGUCCCCCAGCAAAGCGCCAUGAGGGGGAUGGGAUGUACAACGUCCCCUUCAGCGGUCAGCAGCAGCCAGGUCCCCAGCCCUCCAGUGGACCCCAGGGCCAACAAGACAUGUACAACCAGUACAACGCGGGCUACCCGGGCUCGGACCGCCGGCCUCCCGGCCCCCAGGGCCAGUUCCCCUUUCCCUUCGGCCGAGACCGGGUGCCCUCUAGCGGGGGCCCCAACGCCCAGUCCCCAAUGCCUCCACAGAUGAUGGGGGGCUCAAUGCAGGCAGCCCCUGACGGCCCCCAGGGCCCCAUCUGGCAGGGACGCAAUGAUAUGGGCUACCCCAAUUAUCCUAACCGCCAGGGUCCUCCGGGACCUGGCCAAGGGCCCCCUCAGGGCUACCACGGCAUGAAUCGCUCUGAGGAGAUGAUGCCAGGGGCCGACCAGCGUAUGAACCACGAGGGCCAGUGGCCAGGACACCCCAGCCAGAGACAGCCCCCUUACGGGCCGGGGGGCUCGGGUCCCCCCAUGUCCAGACCCUUACAGUCCAGCUACCAGAGCUCCCAGAACCACAUUCCCCAGGUGUCCAGCCCCUCCCCCAUUCCUCGACCCAUGGAGAGCAGGACGUCGCCCUCCAAGUCGCCCUACAUGCACUCAGGCAUCAAGAUGCAGAAGGCGGGGCCUCCGGUGCCCGCGUCCCACAUUGGCCAAGCCCCCGUGCAGCCUCCCCUCAUCCGACGAGACGUCGCCUUCCCCCCCGGGUCAGUGGAGGCGUCCCAACCCAUCCUUAAACCGCGUCGACGGCUCACCAUGAAAGACAUUGGCACCCCAGAGGCCUGGAGAGUGAUGAUGUCACUGAAGUCUGGCUUACUAGCUGAAAGCACUUGGGCCUUGGACACCAUUAAUAUUCUACUGUACGAUGACAACAGCAUUUCUACUUUCAAUCUCUGCCAGUUGCCUGGAUUCCUGGAGCUGGUGGUGGAGUAUUUCAGACGCUGUCUCAUCGAGAUCUUCGGCAUCCUGAAAGAGUAUGAGGUUGGAGAUCCUGGCCAGCGGACACUCAUCGAUCCGCAUGCUGCCGAAGAAGACUGCUCUGAUGAAGAGCUGCCUGAGCAGGAGGACAUGGACGAUGAAGAAGAGGACGAGGAAGAUGAGGAGGAGGAGGAAGAGGAGAAGAGCAACGCCGAGACCACUUCGCCUGAACAUUUCCAGGUGAAGCAGGAGGAGGAAAAAGAGGAUACAUCCAUUACUGAGAAGUCAAAAGCAGAAGAGGAGGAGAAUGAAGAAGAGUCUUCUUCCUCCACGGAGCCCAGCGCUGGUGCCACUUCAGACCCCCAGGACCACAGCGUUCCGCAGGAAAAGCCCAAACAGGCCAGUAAGUUCGACAAGCUGCCCAUCAAGAUGGUUCGAAAGAAAGACCCGUUCCCAGGGGGCCGCUCCAGUAAGCUGGGCCAGCGGCAGAGCUUCGACAGCGGACUGAUCCAUUGGAGCAUCGGUGGGGGCGACACCACGGAACACAUCCAGACCCACUUUGAGAGCCGGUCCAACCUCCUGAAGCAGCGGAAACGGAUGCUUCCUUCAGCCACCCAGGGCAGGAAGAAGGUUUCUGUUCCUUUGACUGUGCCCGAAGACCAAGAGAAGACCUCCAAGCCUGGCGAGGUAGAGGAGCAGCAGCUGUCGGCUUUGGCCGAGAAGACCACCUCACCUGCAGGGAAGACCACAAAGACCUCCGCCCCCACCACGCCCGCCCCGGUCACCGCCACCAUCGACGACGUCUUGUCGGCCCGGCCGGGGUCGGUGACGGAGGAGGCGGUGCGGGGCGGAGCAGAGGAGCAGAAGCAGAACGGGGGCAAGUUCCUCUUUUCCAUCCGCCAGGCGCAGCAGAGCCGACGGAACAUCACCAUCCUGGAGGACGAGCCUCACAGCAAAGACGAGACCCCGCUGAGCACUCUGUCGGAUUGGCAGGACGCCCUGUCCCGCCGCUGCAUCUGUGUCUCCAACAUCGUCCGCUCCCUCUCCUUCAUCCCCGGCAACGACCUGGAGAUGUCCAAACACCCGGGGCUGCUGUUGCUGCUGGGCCGCCUGGUCUUGCUCCACCACCGCCACCCGGAGCGGAAACAGGCCCCCGUCACCUACGAGAAGGAGGAGGAGGAGGAUGAGGGCGUGAGUUGCGAGAGGGACGAGUGGUGGUGGGACUGUCUGGAGGUCCUCAGGGAGAACUGCCUUGUCACCUUGGCUAACAUCUCCGGCCAGCUGGACCUGUCCAUCUACCCGGAAAGCAUCUGUCUGCCCCUGCUGGACGGCCUGCUCCAUUGGGCUGUCUGCCCCUCAGCCGAGGCCCUUGACCCCUUCCCCAUGCUAGGGCCUCAUGGCGCCCUGUCCCCCCAGAGACUAGUGCUAGAGACCCUUAGCAAGCUGAGCAUCCAGGACAACAACGUGGACCUGAUUCUGGCUACGCCGCCAUUCAGCAGGUUGGAGAAGCUGUAUGGGACCCUGGUGCGUCUGGUUGGGGAGAGGAAGGUGGCUGUCUGCAGGGAGAUGUCUGUGGUAUUACUGGCCAACUUGGCCCAGGGAGACAGCAUGGCAGCCAGGGCCAUCGCUGUGCAGAAAGCUAGUGUGGGGAACCUCCUGGGCUUCCUGGAGGACAGUCUAGCGGCCACGCAGUACCAGCAGAGCCAGAGUUCUUUGAUGCACCUACAGGGGGCGCACUUUGAACCCACCAGUGUGGACAUGAUGCGGCGAGCGGCCCGGGCUUUGCACGCCAUGGCUAAGGUUGAGGAGAACCACUCAGAGUUCACCCUGUACGAGUCCCGCCUACUGGACAUUUCCGUUUCGCCACUUAUGAACUCUCUGGUGUCCCAUGUGAUCUGUGACGUACUCUUUCUGAUUGGCCAGUCAUGACAGCCGUGGGGGUUUCAGCUCUGCCUCCUCUUUCUGUUCCCCCCCUUUUUGUGUGUGUGUGUGUCUGAGUGUGUGUGUCGGAGUGUGAGUGGAAGAGAGAACUAAGAGCAAAACUGAGUGUCCUUUUUUAAUUUAUGCAAAAUAACCUCAGAUUCCACUGUCUGCCCUUUCUUACCCUCCUGCUUGUCACUAAAGGACACACUUACUGAAGUAGCUCGGAGUGGAGUUCAACAUCCUGUAACACGGUAACGAACAAACCAACGUGGACAUGAUGUGAUAAGACAGAUCAGAUGGGACCCUGGGGGGGCGGGAAGGGGGGGUUGGGGAGAGAGCUGCCCAGCCGGAAACAACUUUUUUUUUUUUUAUGAAAAGGUUUAAAAAAAAAUUGUUGCAAAAAGAAAAACGUUAAAAACUGUAACCAAAGUUGCUGUCUCGUUUACAGUGAGUUUGGGGGGAUGCGCCCGGGUUCUCCUCCCCUGGGGUUGGCAGGGGGGCGGGCAUGGACAGAGAGCCCGUUUUAAGUUCAUGUGUGGAGGUGAAACAGACUCCUGGACUCUGGUGUGGUGUAAUGCUGUAACUUGGAUGCUAUACUCGGCCCUGCAGGAGCGAGGUUAUCAGCUGUGAACGAACGGACGGACGGACGGACAGAGCAGACAGAGACGUCACUCAACGGGGGGCCUGUGCAGUAGAUUGUAGGACUUUUUUUCUGUACUGUACACCUUAAAAACAACUGUAAACAUACUGUAAUAAUACUGUUUCACACUGAGAUACGCUGGCUUGGCAGCAAACUGUAGUUUUUAAAAAUGAUUUUAGUUUAAUGUUGAACUGAGAGAGAGAUGACAAAAGGCUUUCCCCCCAAAGUAUCGUGAACCUUACAACACCCCGACCUCUUCUUUGUCCCUCGAUUGUAUGACUUGACCCUUAUAAAAGAAGUCACCUCUUAGGACUGCUCCUCUACUCUAGAUGCAGUCCUGACUGCAGUGUAUAUAUGAUGUUGUACAUUACACCUCUCUUUCUCACCCUUCUGUUGAUCUUUACCCUUUUUAAUCUUUGAUGAAUUAAAGGUUACACUCAAGUGAAAUUCCUUGCAUCAAGUUCGCCUUGUGAUUACCUAACCUUUGACCCCUAACCCCUCACCCCCCAACCCACUUGUCCGUCUCUCGCUACAGGGACUCAGCUGCUGCAACUCCCUUGCGAACCCCCAUCCCAACCCACCUAUCCCACUCACUCACCCUCACACACCCCCCCCCACGACACACACCCAGAUCAAGUUUCCGUUUGUCUCAAGUACUGGUGUAGAGACUAACAUGACCGAAACCAUGUCUGCUAUGGUUCCAUUUCAGCUUCUACAUCAACAACAAAGCAAGACCCCCGAUGAUGAAAUAAACCAUUUGAAUUUUGUUUCUUUUUUUUUUUGUUUUUCCAGUGAUAUGGAUUCUGCAUAUUUGUAUUUCAGAAGAUGUAGCUAAAAACUUGAUGUAAAUUCUUUUUUCCUUUUUUUGGCUUAAUGAAUAUCAUUUCUUCAGUAUGAAAUCUUUAUACUAUAUGUUCCACGUGUUAAGAAUAAAUGUACAUUAAAUCUUC